AGGCAGUCUGUGACCUGGUUAAAGAAACAGAGGCCAGAUUGGGUACAGCAUUGGAGUCGGGCGCGUUGACCGGUGAAUGCAUAGAGUCAAGAAGGUCAAACUUUGUGACAAGAAAGAGGGUAUUUGGAAAAGCUGUGUGACCGUGAGGAUGACGGCUGUGGACGGCCUUUCGGACAGCACAGAGGUGGUGGAGAUGGAGGACGUCCCAUCCCAGUUCUUUGUGGAGAAACACUCUUGGGAGGGCCUUCGUGACAUCAUCCACUGUAGCAGGAAGUACUCGGGUAUGAUCGCCAACAAGGCUCCACAUGACUUCCAGUUUGUGCAGAAGAAGGAUGAAAAUGGACCCCACUCCCAUCGGCUGUACUACCUCGGAAUGCCUUAUGGAAGCAGAGAGAACUCGUUACUCUACUCAGAAAUCCCCAAGAAGAUUCGGAAAGAGGCCCUCUUAGUGUUGUCAUGGAAACAGAUGCUGGAUCACUUCCAGGCGACGCCACACCAGGGGGCCUACUCUCGAGAGGAGGAGCUGCUGAGAGAGCGCAAACGUUUGGGAGCAUUUGGUAUCACUUCCUAUGACUACCACUCUCAGACAGGCCUGUUCCUCUUCCAGGCCAGCAACAGCCUCUUCUACUGUCAAGACGGAGGAAACAACGGCUUCAUCCAGUCUGCUCCUGUAAAGCCUGUGGAGAUCAAGACCCAGUGCUCAGGGACCCGAAUGGACCCCAAGAUCUGUCCAGGAGAGCCCGACUUCAUAGCCUUCAUCAACAACAACGACUUGUGGAUAGCCAACAUCAAGACGGGCGAAGAGAGGAGGCUCACGUUCUGUCAUAAAGGUGUAGAUAACGUGAAGGAGGACCCCAAGUCUGCAGGUGUAGCAACGUUUGUCAUCCAAGAGGAGUUUGACCGUUUCACUGGUUACUGGUGGAGUCCUUCAGCAGUAGAAGAUCCCAGUGGAGGUAAAACCGUGUCCCUCCUGUAUGAAGAGGUGGAUGAGACGGAAGUAGAAAUUAUUCACGUUCCUUCUCCGGCGCUGGAGGAGCGGAAAGCAGACGCGUACAGAUAUCCCCGAACAGGCAGCAAAAACCCUCAGGCUACCCUCAAACUGGCAGAGAUUAAGACAGACCAUCAGGGAAGGAUUGUGAGCACACAAGACAAAGAGCUCGUCGUCCCCUUCACCUCCUUGUUUCCUGGGACAGAAUACAUCGCCAGAGUCGGGUGGACGAGUGACGGCAAAUAUGGCUGGGCGGUGCUGUUGGACCGCAGUCAGAGGAAACUCCAGCUGGUUCUGCUGCCUCCGGCUCUCUUCAUCCCUGUGACAGAUGACCCGUCUGUGAGGCAGGAGAGUCUGGAGGCGGUGCCCGGCAACACGCAGCCCUACAUCAUCUAUGAAGAGACCACAGACGUCUGGAUAAAUGUUCAUGAUAUAUUCUAUCCCUUUAUUCAAACGACAGAUGAUGAAUUUACUUUCAUUUGGGUGAAUGAGUCUAAAACAGGCUUCAGCCAUCUGUAUAAAACUACAUCUGUGUUCCAACCGGGCUGCUACCACUGGACAGACGACUAUCAACACGUAGAGGGAGACUUCAAAUGUGCAAUCAAAGAGGAGGUUACACUGACCAGUGGAGAAUGGGAGGUGCUGGCAAGACACGGCUCCAAGAUCUGGGUGAACGAGGCCACGAAGCUGGUGUACUUCCAGGGCACCAGAGACACGCCUCUGGAGCACCACCUCUACGUGGUCAGCUACGAGUCACCUGGAGACGUGGUCAGACUAACCAAGCCCGGCUUCUCUCACAGCUGCUCCGUUAGUCAGAACUUUGACUUCUUCGUCAGCCACUACAGUAAUGUGAGCACGCCGCCCUGUGUUCACGUCUACAAACUGACCAGCUCAGAGGGCGACCCGCUACACAUGGUACCCGAGUUCUGGGCCAGCAUGAUGGAAUCACCAGGUUGCCCGGGAGAUUACAAUCCACCUGAGAUUUUUGACUUUCCAGGAAAGUCAGGCUUCCAGCUUUAUGGGAUGGUUUACAAGCCUCACAAUCUGCAGCCCGGCAGAAAGCACCCGACCGUUCUCUUUGUGUACGGAGGCCCGCAGGUGCAGCUGGUGAACAACUCCUUCAAGGGGAUGAAGUACCUCCGUCUGAACACGCUGGCCUCCCUCGGCUACGCUGUGGUCGUCAUCGAUGGGAGGGGCUCCUGCCAGAGGGGCCUCGAAUUUGAAGGAGCUUUGAAAAACAAAAUGGGUCAGGUGGAGAUCGAAGACCAGGUGGAGGGGCUGCAGUAUGUGGCCGAGAAGUUUAACUUCGUGGACCUGAGCCGUGUUGCCAUCCACGGCUGGUCCUACGGUGGCUUCCUCUCUCUCAUGGGCCUCAUCCAGCGGCCCAAUGUCUUCAAGCUGGCUAUUGCAGGAGCGCCGGUGACCGUGUGGAUGGCCUACGACACCGGCUACACAGAGCGCUACAUGGACGUGCCUGAGAACAACCAGCAGGGCUACGAGGAAGGAUCGGUGGCGCUGCACGUGGACAAGCUGCCCAGCGAGCCCAACCGUUUGCUGAUUCUCCAUGGAUUCCUAGAUGAGAAUGUGCACUUUUUCCACACUAAUUUCCUGGUGUCACAGAUAAUCCGUGCUGGGAAACCGUACCAGCUUCAGGUGUACCCCAACGAGCGGCACAGUAUUCGCUGCCCUGAGUCUGGAGAGCACUACGAGAUAAUGCUGCUGCACUUUCUACAACAAUACCUCUGAAACGAGACAACAGGGGAGAAGUGAAGUCCAGUUCCCCACUGUCCUCCUGUCCCUUCCCGCCCGUCCCACACCGUCUCCAGCCCGUCAUCGACACUCAGCAAACCCAUGAGCCACCCUCUCCUCUGAACUCUCACUUCUCUCCGCUAUACCUUCCUCUCUCUCGCUCUCUGUCUUGUUCUGUUCCUCGCUCUGUCUCCUCCUCCCCUCCCCCUGCCGUGUACAGUCUGGGGUUUGGUUUACGAGCACAGAGAUUUGGUGUCUCACCCUGAAAGCUGAACAAAGACAAGGACAUACGGAGAAGUGUUUGCAGGCUGUGUCACAUUGACUCAUCGCUCACCCACGUCCUCAUCUCCACACCGUCAUGGGUUUUUGCCAAACGUUAUCGUGUUGUUUAGUUCCCCCCCUGCUCCACCUGUUCUGUUUGUUUCAGCCAGUGGUAGGAACGGGGUCACGGUUCACGGAUAAGAAAACGGAAUCUAUACACGUCUUUUGCAGACAUGAGCUCUCGCAGCACUACAUGUGUACAAUACAGCUGAUCUCCUGCACCCACGCAGACACGCCCACAGAGCGGCGAUGUCCACACGUACUGCAGUUAGUGUGUUCAUGAAGAAAGGAAGAAGGUCGCGGCUCUUCCUCUGUCCACUCGUUUUAAGUGUGUUGUUUAAAGUAAGAUAUUUUUAUGGAUUUUAUUCUUUUUUUCUUUUUUUAAAUGAGCGCCGUUGGAAGCCGCUCGUCGACGUGUCGGCGCCGUUUUUCUCCCCUCACAUCACAUCGCUCGAGAUGUCUGCUUGCCUUCUUAACACAUAAUUUAUAUUUGCCAAAGUACCUCUUGACUCUUGAUCUUGCUGGUAUUUCCUUUUUUUACUGCAAUAAAGACAACAGGAGGGUGAGCACUGGAGUCUUACAACAGCUUUGUACCACCGAAAUACAAUUUGUACAUGAUAAUAAAUAAAUGUAUGAAUCAGUCA